AUGGAAUAUCUUGACCAAACAUUGGAGUACGUUGACCAUGUCGCUGCGAGAGUAAGCUUUUCAGCUGUUCUAGGACUUUGUCUUGGCACCAUGUACUCUACGUUUAGAGGACUUCCGAUGAGAUCAACGGCUUUGAAAAUCGGUGGAUCGUUUGCAAUGGUUGGGACAGUUGUUUUUGGUCUUGAGAGGAUAGGUUAUGUUGCUAUGAAGGAUCUAAUCGAGCAAGAAAAGAGAUUAUUAUUAACAUCGCACGCUUUUUCUGGAGUAGCUGGAGGUGCUCUCAACGGAUAUCUGUUUCAUAAGAAGCCACGUCAAGGAAUAUUCUACUUCGUACCCGUAAUGAUGGGAAUUGGUUCCCUUGAGUUGUACAUUGAGAAUAAGCGCGCGGAAAGGAUAAAGGAGUUGAUGCUCGAAAACAACCUUGAAAGCAAAGAAGAAAUUGACAGCCAAUGA